AUGGGGUUUUCUGAGUCACCUGAACUGCAGCCCCUCAUAUUUGGGCUUUUUCUCUCCAUGUACCUGAUCACUGUGUUUGGGAACCUUCUCAUCAUCCUGGCCAUCAGCUCAGACUCCCAGCUCCACACCCCCAUGUACUUCUUCCUCUCCAACCUGUCCUUUGUAGACAUCUGCUUCACCUCCACCACCAUCCCAAAGAUGCUGUGGAACCUCCAGACACAGAGAAAAGUUAUAACCUAUGAAGGCUGCAUUAUGCAGAUGCAGUUUUUCACGCUCUUUAUAGGAUUGGAUGUCUUCCUCCUGACAGUGAUGGCCUAUGACCGCUUUGUGGCCAUCUGCCACCCCCUGCACUACACCGUCAUCAUGAACCCCCAGCUCUGCGGACUGAUGGUGAUGCUGUCCUGGAUCAUCAGUGUCCUGAACUCCUUGUUAGAAAGCUUAAUGAUGUGGAGACUGUCCUUCUGUACAGUCUUAGAAAUUCCCCAUUUUUUCUGUGAACUCAAUCAGAUGAUCCAACUUGCCUGUUCUGACACCUUUCUCAACAAUUUGGAGAUGUAUUUUAAAGCUGUGUUUCUGGCUGGUGGUUCCCUUAUAUGUAUCGUUUACUCUUACUCUAAGAUAGUUUCCUCCAUACAUAGAAUCUCAUCUGCUCAGGGGAAGUAUAAAGCAUUUUCCAGCUGUGCAUCACACCUCUUAGUUGUCUCGAUGUUUUAUUGUACAGGCUUAGGUGUUUAUCUUAGCUUGGCUGGUACUCACAGCUCACACUCAAGUGCAACAGCCUCGGUGAUGUAA